AUGGGCCAUCCCCGAAGGGAGGAGGGCGCGGGGCACGCCGACCCGCGAUGCCUGACGCAGCUGGCGCACGAUGGCCGCCGGCUCCUCUGGGAGGGUAGGGAGGGCUUGGUGGCCGAGUACGGCGCCACGCUGCACAUUGACCUCGAGGAGCAGUGGAGGAGCGGCGGGUGGGGCAAGAAACUGAUUGAGGCGUACGUGAAAGCUGCGAGGGAGAGCUGGGAGGAGGACGGAGCGACCCCGGGGGCCCGGGGAGGGUGCGGGGAGAGGAGUGCACGUGGUGAUCGGCGGGGAUAA